AUGAGUCGCAGCCCGGAGAGGAUCUCAUCCUACCGCCGUCACUUUGAGGACAGCAGCAGCUCGACCUACCAGGUCAGGGUGUCCAGCCCGUCCCCCACCAGGAGAGACGCCCGCCAUGCCUCGUCCGGCUACUCAUCCAGAGCCGGCAGCAUGCGUGUCGAAUCAGUGGGACGAAGGACCGUCUCAGCUGCACGAAAAUCUACACGCAUGGUCGGAGCAGGUGUGAGUGCAGGAGCCAUGGUGUGUGUUGGGCCUAGUGGAGAGCCUGCAAUAGACCUGGAUGUGGCUGCAGCUGAGAACCAGGACUUCCUUAACACUCGCACAAGCGAAAGACAGGAGAUGAUUGUCCUCAAUGACAGACUGGCUGUAUAUAUUGAAAAGGUUCGAUCACUUGAGCAGCAAAACAAGUUACUGGAAGCAGAGAUUGAGGCCUACCAGAACCGGUUUGAGAAGCCAACAGGUCUGCGUCUACUGUAUGAGGAACAGCUGAAGGAGCUGAAAAAGACUGCUGACCAGAUGAGAGUUCAGCGGGACAUUUCCUUGGCGGCUAAGGAGUCAACAGCUGCUCAACUAGAGGCAAUGAAAAUCAAAUACGAGGAGGCAGUGGAGCUGAGGAAGAAAGCCGAGUUAGACAUCGAAACCUUCCGUCCAGAUGUCGACAAAGCCACCUCCUCUCGCAUCGCCCUGGAGAAGAAGCUGGAGCAGCUGGAAAUUGAAAUUGAAUUCUUAAAACGGAUCCAUCAGCAGGAAAUUGAUGAGCUCAUGAAACAAAUCUACGCAGCUCACGCCUCAGCUGAGAGUGCGUUCGCGCUGCCUGAUCUGGCUGCUGCACUGAAACAAAUCCAAACUCAGUAUGAUGACAUUGCAGCCAAAAAUCUCCAGGAAAUGGAUUCAUGGUAUAAAAACAAGUUUGAAGAUAUAACCAAAAAGACCUCAAGACACGUUGAUACAGUUCGAGGCAUUAGAGAAGAGAUAGCAGGUGCCAAAAAGGACAUCCAAAGCAAAGAACGAGACUUGGAUUCAAUCAGGAGCAGGAAUGAAGCUCUCGAAGCCCAGAUCAAAGAGAUGCAAGAAAAGUACAGGAAGGAACUGGAAGACCUGCAGGCUCGGAUUGAAGCCCUGCAGCUUGAACUGAAAUCCACCAAGGAGAAAAUUGCACUGCACCUGCGUGAGUACCAGGACCUUCUGAAUAUCAAGAUGGCUCUGGAGAUUGAGAUCACAACCUAUAGAAAAUUGAUUGAAGGAGAGGACCUGCGGCUCUUGGGCAUGAUGCAAACCCUGUCUCUCGCCAGCUGUAGCAUGAACGCCAUUGGUGCUGGGAUGAGCGUCAGUGGAGGCGCCGUGGGCGGUGUGAGUGGUGUGGGACUGACAGGAGGUAGCAGUGGAGGUGUUGGAGGCAUGGGGAGUGGAAUAGGAAUGGGUGGAGGCACAGUGGCAGGAGGUCUGGGUGGAAGAAUGGGUGCUGAAGGUACCAAUGGCAGAAAGGGUCUUGCUGGUAGGGCAGGUGGGGCAGACGCAACUGGUGGUCUUGGAUUGGGAGCUGGGGGUUUAGGUGGCGGUGUCGAACCUAGUGCUGGGGGUGUGGGUUUGGGUGCUGGUGCUGGAGGCUUGGGUGCCGGUGCUGGAGGUUUGGGUACUGGUGCUGGAGGCUUUGGUGCUGGAGGUUUGGGUACUGGUGUUGGGGGUAAGGGUGACAGCAGUGUGGGUGGUGUUAGAAUGGGUGCAGGAGGUGACACUGCAGAUUCAGGGGGCAUGGGUGCCAGUGGCACUGGGUUUGGUGGAGGAAAUGGUGUUGGAGGUAAAGGAAUAUGCGAUGGAGUUAGUGGAGGAAUAAGUGCAGAUCGAAGUAAAGGCCGUGGAGUGGGUCCUGCUGGAAUGGUUGGUGGAAUCGGAGGCAGUGGAGGAACUGAGGGUAUGGGUGGGGAAGACAUAGGUAUUGCUCCAUCAGGCCCAGGUGAAAUAGGAAAGGUUGGAGGAAGCAAGGGUGGUGUGAGUGGUUCCGGGAUUGGAUAUGGAUCAGAUGGAUAUGAUGGCAACAUUGAGGCCUAUGCAGAGCAGGCUGUGGAGCUGACAGAGCGAAGGACAGUGCUUAUUAGGACGGUUAAAAGUGAGGACGAUGUGCUGGAGAUGGACCACCAGGAACAGACCUACACCAUCACCGGUGCAGCCGAUGACUCUGACAACGAAUGA